AUGGCGGUGUACGGCGUCCUGGACGCCGCCGCGCACGGCGCAAAGGCAGUGCCGGACGCGGUGUCCGAGUUGAAGGGCGUGGCGGCAUCGGCGGGCGCCUCGGAAGUGAGCGAGAUCGUCCUCGACAGCAUGUGGGUCCUGUGGAAUUUGGUGGACCCGGAGGCGGACGCCAGGGCGGGGGACGGCGGCGUGAGGGGCGCGCUCGUGGAGGCCGCCCGAGCGCUGGUCAGCGACGGCGUGCUGACGAGCCGAAAAUUGAAAGAGACUGCGGACUUGGACUUUUUGGAGAGGAUGAGCAUGCUGCCCUGCCCGGCUGAGGAUUGGAAGAAGAAGGAGGGCAAGGCGCUGAGGGCGCAGAGGGCCAACCUGGUUGUACCGCGGUACAAGCUGCUGCAGGAGGAGUCGGAGGGCUUCGCGAAGAUGGUCGCCCUGGCGGCUGCCCUGCGGAGGAGCGACUUCGAUGUCGAGGCGUUCGAUGCGCUGAUGGAGGCGUACAUUGGCGACUUUCGCCUCGACCCCCACCGGGUGUUGGAUGUCAUCGUGGACGCCCUGCCGGAGGAGAACUUCAACGGGUCGUUUCGGGUAUUGAGCCGCUUCAACAGGGAGCAUUUGGCGGACCUGUUGGGCUUCAAGCUGCGGGGAUACCAGGGCCUGGGCGUGCCCACUCCCGCGGCGGUGCUGGCCAAGAUGGCCAGGCUGGUGACGGAGGGCUACGUGGACUUUGGCCGGCUGGCGCGGCACGUGGGGCCGCCCAUGGAGCAGUGGGUGGAGAAGACGGACAAGUGGCUGGUGGCAACAAUAGAGCAGGUCAAUGCCACCGCAGAGAUUCGGCUGAACAAGUCCGGCAGCCACGGGCAGGACGGCGCCAAGCGGCGCGUGGGGCUGAUGGGCGCCCUGGCGAUCGACGCUGGCCGGAUUGAGGAGAGGGUCAGGGGCCUGCUGCCGGAGGACAACCAGCGGCUGGGGCUGUACGGCGAGUUCCUGAACAUGGACCAGAUUGAUUUCGUGUUGAGGGAACUGCAGGAGAUGAGGGGCGUGGCGGCAUGGGCCGAUGCGGCCUACCCUCCGUUUCAGAGGGCGUUGCAGAGCGCCAUCGACAAGCUCAUAACCCCAGUGUACGUGAAGAUUGUGCCAGGGGGGGUUGAGUUUGCGAGGAAGUAUCUCCUUGAUGGGAACUUUCGUGGGGAGCCGUAUCCCAGGGAGCCGCCGGGUCCAAAGCUGGACCGCAGGGCCUACCUCCUGCUGGAGUACCUGGGCCUGUACAUCCACACAGACUUGCGGCUCUUUGACAAGGUGUGUAGGGUGAUGAAACAUGAGGCUCUGUACUACCAUCACACAGACGAUGCGAGGGGCCAGAGCACAUACGUGGAGGAGAUCAGGCCUGAAACUGUGGAGAACAUUCUGGCCCAUGUUAUCCUCCCAGGUUUGAUGCUUAUUCCAAGCAGCCCCGCCAAGGCGUGGGAGGCAUAUGAAGUCAUGUCCGUGCUAGACUACGAGUCCCGUGCCAUCGUGUUCAGCUGCCUUGAGACGUUGAUGCCUGCUGUGCCCAUCCUGGAUGGGGCAGACAAAAUGGCAGAGCACCAGACAAAGCAAGUGUUGAAGCGCGUGUUCAAGCCACAGGACAGGAGGGAGCAGAGGGACUUGCUGAAGCCGCUGGCAAGGAGGCUCUCGCAUAUAGCUGCGGGCGCACCCUUUUCGGUAGCAUGGGAAAUCAUACAGGCCGCAGAGCAGUACAGCAACCUGCACGAGUGCUAUGCUGAGGCACUCAACUACUGCCCGGAGCUGCUGUUCGGCGCACUGGUGCACUGCCUGUGCUACAAACUCUGCGACGGGCGGGAGAAGAUUGACACUGAUACUGGCGUGGGUUUUGCACCGUGGGUCCAGAACCUGUCCAGAUUCAUAGGAGUCGUGUGCAAGAUCCACAGCUGGAGGUUUGAGAUCACUCAGCUGCUUGAGCUCAUAGUUAAGGAAGUCAAAUCAGGAGACAUGUUCAUGCCAUUGGUGCUGACAGACAUCAUCAAGUCCAUGACUGGCAUCGAGUCGUUCAUGGACCUCAGCGAGAAUCAGCUUCAGGCGAUGGCUGGCUCCAGGGCACUGCAGAGGGCGUUCCUCUGCCCCAGACACCUGGUUCCAACUGUGGGCAGUAGUGGAAGGGAUGCUAAGAGACUGCUGGAUGCACUGCUGCAGGGCAAUUCUGACAACAAGCUGGCCUUCCCCAUGCUCAUCCUGCUGCAGAAGGCUAGACGCCUGGUGGCCAUCAACCCUGUGGCUUCAGAUGUCAAAUUCCUGAUGCAGUGGACUGACAAGGCCAACGAGGUGGCCUCCCAGUAUUUGGACUUCCUUGUGAAUACAAUGUCCAGAGAGGCCUAUGAAAAGCUAUUACCGCCCUUGGACAGCUUGGUGAAUGACUAUGGUCUGAAUCCUGCUGAGGCCUUUCAAUUGUUCCGGCCUCUCCUGAAACCCAUGGAGAGCGCUGAAACAGAAGAUGGCGAGAUCGGCAACGAAUCUAGCAAAAUGGAAGGUGUGGAGUACGCACAACAGAACGGCAAUGGGGAUGGCCUGACGUUCAGUGGGUUGGCCAAGGCAGUGGAGGCGUUCACCCCACUGAAAGAUGUGCAGCUGUGGACAAACCUGUCUCCGGAGUUCUAUGCUCUAUUUUGGAGCCUGUCAGCCUAUGACCUCGUUUAUCCAAAGGACAAAUACGAAUCCGAGUGCAAGAGGGUGCAGGAGAUGAUGAAAAUGAGGGAGGACAAGUUACGUUAUCUCCAGCGCCUCCGUGACACUCCAAGGGACCAGCUGGUCCUGCUGGAUAGAGAGAUCCAGGCCCUGAAUGGCUGCCACCGCCAAUUGUUGCAUGACUCCACUCGCCAUGCAAAGCGUGUGGAGGACGUGAAGCAACAGCUGAGCCGCACAAAGGCCACGUUGCUCACGCAAAUCAAGAGUGGACCGCAACUGAUCGCAGAGGCUUUUCUGCAUCACUGCGUCCUACCAAGGCUGCGCGUGGGGCCCCUUGAAGCCUAUUUCUGUUUCCACUUUGUCAUGUUGAUGAAUGAGCUGCAAGUGCCUGGUUUCAGAACAAUUCUGGUGUUUGACAAGCUGGUAAAGGAGAUCGUGCCGUGCAUGGCCAACAUGACUGACCAGGAAGCAACAGCUCUUGGUGUGCUGUUGGAAAAGGUUUUUGGAGUCAUGGAGCGGUGGCGGAACGAUGAGAGUUUGUUCAACAAAGAGUGCUCGAUUUCAAACACGGACAACAAAGUAUCGCGUGAGCAUUACCUGACCAUAAACUGGCGAUGGCAAUACCGUCUGGCGAAACAGCUGACUGCUUACUUGAAAGAGGAGCAGUAUGUACUGAAGCACAAUGCCCUGCUGGUGGCCAUGAAGAUUGUCAAGGUGUUUCCCAGGAUCAAAGGGGUUGCUCCUCACUUGAGGGAGGCAGCAGAGGAAGUUCGAAACAAGGAUGAGAGGAAGGACCUGAAGACGCAGGCCACGAGGUACGUUGGUGCGUUGGAUGCGGAGGCUGCACGUCCUAACCGGAUGGUGGAGAUCCAUUUAUUUGGAGGGGCUCCUGCAGAUAGGCUGGAGCAGGUUCGGCGACAAACAGAUGCCAGCGGCAAUGGGGCACAGACGUCUGGUAUGGGAUAUAUGGAGGAUGUGGCAGUCGCCAACGGUCAACAGUCCAGGAGUAGAGGAAAGAGAAAAGCUGACGAAGCAACAUCUGACGAGCAAAAGAAAAAAACUCGAAAGGCAGAGGUGGGUGGAAUGUGUACAGCUGUUGGUGGUUGCAUUUCAUUCUAUUGGCAAAAAGCGAUUGGGAAAGUUCACGGCUGUAUUGUAUCCGGCCCAUUGUGUGUGCAGGGUGUUUGCUGCAACUUAAGUCUUGCAAGAAAUGUGUUAUUUGGACAAUAA